AUUUUGAUUUGUGUACUCAGUUUUAUGUGGUUAAUAACGUAUACAAAUACAGUUCAGAUUAUAAAUGCUUUAUUAUUUGCAAUUACAUAGCAUUCUGAAACGAAACUUUCAUAACCAAAUACGCCGUUCAUAGAACUUCGUAUCAUGGACCUCAUGGACGUCCAUAAAUUUCAAUCUUGAAGCCAUGUAUAUGUAGAGUCGUGUUCUCUUAAACAAUCGGCAUAAUUGGCUUCUAUGAUAUCGUAUGUUUUAUUGGAGAAUAAAAUUCGUGUGGAACCACUUCUCUUUUUAUAAGCGACUUAUUUAUAAGUUUAUAUUUAAUUACAGAUAACGCAACACGAUAACUCUAUUUGGACUCCCUCCUGUCACAAAAGUUCCAUUCACCAGGAGAAACUAAUCGAGUGACGUGAGUGAGCUCUGGCGUAUACUAGUGGGAACAUAGUAUCAGCGAGAUCAGCGAUAUCAGCUGUGUGACAUUUUUGCAAUGGUGUGUGUGUUAUGUAUGUUUUCACCGAGGUGAUUUCGAGAAAAAAAUACUUGUCUUGUUACUUAAAUAUUUCCGAGCGAUCAGAUAGUGGCUGAGCUCUGAGCUCGAAUCCGUGAAGCAGAAAUCAGCAUUUUGCUGGCUAACAUCACUUGCUACAUUGAAGUUCCAAUGGAGCGUGUUUUUCAAGCAGUACCAGUAGACCUUCGUAUGAAGAUGGAAGCUCUGGUCCAAGAUUUAUCCAAUGCACUGGAGGAGUCAUCAUCGCGUUUGUCAUCCCGUCGACGGUGGGGUCUACGGAGACGUGCUCGAUCUACUGGCAACCUUCCAACAGCCUGCCUUAGGUACCAGAGUGAUGAUUCCAGCAGUAGCAUUGGAGAAUUGAUGCUGUCUCGUGAUAAAGGCCUCUCCAGCUUGCAUCAGAGUGAUUCAGAUGAUGUGAUAUCAACAGGAGUCCACCGUCAGCUCACUCCAUUGACCCGUAAAACUCGUCCAGUUGCUCAUCUUCAUGGAAAUAUUGAAUCAGAUUCAUUCAAUGAGAAUUUUUCACCUAUACAUCCAAAUACACGAAGGAAACGGAAGUUCAAACGGAUGGCAGUGGAUGCAGUUGAGAUGGACAAUCCGUCCACAUCACAUGCAACGGUAACUGUAAUGCCGUUAUCCAGUGGGAAGAAGAAACGAGUGGUGAAACAUUCCCCCAACUGUGAGAACAAGUACAAUAACCUUCUGUGUGGCAAGAGGAAACGCAGCAUGCGAGAGAGAAGCGUUGACUGUGAUAGACCCACUGCAGGCAGCAGAUCCAAAACUUCGCAGAUUCUGGCCAUUCACAAGAUGAGCCUGAGUAAUCCAGAUGAGGCUCACAUGGAUUUUGAUGCAGCAGCUGCCACCCACUGUGAGAUCAUGAGCAGUAGCAGUUUAAGUAGCUCGGAAAGUGAUGCUGGAUUGUACACGAAUGAUGAAGGACGAGAAGGGGAUGAUGAACAAAGUGACUGGUGGGGUGGAGAUGCAGGGUCAGUAUGUGGAAAAGGCUUUUGGGAUGAUGACGAGGGUGACCAGACCUCAGGGGCCUCACAAGGGGGCGCUGACAGAGGAACAGAUGCGGAUGAGGACAGUGAUCCUGCUUUCCAUGCGAUUCUCACCGGAAGUUUUGAGCAUCUUUCUGAAGAGGCAAAGCAGGCUUAUCGUGUUCACAUGCAGUGGAUCAGAGAAGGAUUAAGUGGACGAGAGAUUCGAGCUGGUAGGAGACGGAUACGAGGCGAGAGGCCAGGCUUCAGUAUUGUCACAUCAGCGAAUGAGAAACUGUCACGUUUCCUUCAGGAUCCUGGACAGUCAGAACUGAGGCUUCAUCCUAUGCAAAAGCAGGAACGAGACCAGUUAUGCCACUUAGCAAACCUGUACUCUCUCCAAAUGACAAGUGAUCCAAAUCGACUGACCUGCCCUGUACUCACUAAAACCAGGAAUACAAUGCAAGCCGUUCGUGUGGAACAAGUUCGUCUCACAAGGCUACAAGCUCGACUUCAUCAUCUCAACGACUUCAAGAGAAGGCGCAAGAUGCCUCCUGGUGCUGUGGCUGCAGUCCCUAAUAUAUCGUCACAUCCUCCCCCGGAUGUAGGAAGUUCGGCCCCACCAAUUCCUGAGAGUAAUGUUGGCAACCAGAUGCUUCGUGGGAUGGGAUGGGAGCCUGGCACUGGGCUGGGCGCACACAGCAAUGGUAUCCAGGAGCCCAUCAUAACACCUGUCCGCCCAAAAUACGUUGGUCUUGGCCACAAGCCAAACUACAAAUCUAGUUGAAAGUUUAAUCAGCUACAUAGAGGUAUAAAUUGUGAUUAAUUUCAGAACUAUGCAGGAUACGAACUUCUCACACUAGCAACUAUGAAGAUUACUGUGUUCUAUAAUGUGACGCCAUAUAGUCUGGUAGAUUCCCCCACCCCCCACCCCUCCUCUUAAUGAUGACAGCAGUUACAAGUAUUACAUGAUGCUGUCAGUAUCUAGACUGUAUGAUGUUGAUAGAUUCUUACCAGUGUUUCGGAGGAACCUUCUGCCUCCAUCUUCAGAGCUUCUCUUGAGUGAUCUACUUGAGUGCACAGUAUAACAUCCCUGAAAACAGUAAUCUUCAUUAUCAGAACUAAUGAUAAAGCUGAGAAGUCAGUUUCAGAGAAUAAUAAACUAAAAAUGUUUUACGAAACAGACAGUAAUGGCAUUGAAUUUAUUCAUGUCGGUUGUGGAAUACAACCCCAUGUAAUGUUUUUUUUUUCUCUCUCUCUCUGUGUAAGGAUUCCUCUCAUUUGACACUCAGUUUCAACAAUCUGAGGAUUAAAUUUUUUCCCUUUAAGAAUUUCCUCAGUUUAGUGAUCAAAUUCUUUGUUCCCUGAAGAAACCUUAAAUGGUGGUUUCAUUGUGUGUGGGAGGUAAGUUAAUAUUUCAGUUUGAUUACAAAAUUGUGAUAUUAUUAUAUUUUUACAAGACCUGGCCUCUUAUGAUAUACAACAUAUUCAUGUGAUUAUUAUUGUUACAAUUUGUUAUGUUAUUUUUAAAUAUAAUUUACUUUAAAUUUUCAUUUAAAACUUUGUAAAGAAAUUAUCCUUCUAAAGGCAUUUGGUUAUUGCUGUGUAUUAGGUUUGCAGUCAGACUAAAAUGUUUACUAAUGGUUUAUGGUUUAUUUAAUGACACACUCUGCAGCUAAGACUAUAUAACAUCCUGUGGUUAGACUUUUAAUGAACAAGGAGUUGUAAAGGGUGUGGAGGGAAAUGGCUGUAGCCUGUUUGAACAUACUGUCACAUGUUGGGUAUGUCACGCGACAAAUAACUUCACGUGGGUCUCAGAUUCAGCGAAUCUUUAUUGGACGUUCACUCUUACACACCAUACAGCUAUUAUCGCCUGCGGUAUCACUUGACUUCUGGCGACCAGGUUCCAACUGUGUUCUAUGAAGGCUAUUCCCAGACCGUCUCCUUCGGCGGUUAAUUCCAGACUAUCCUUCGACGGCUACUGUAUUUCAACUAACUCUUGUCGAAGCUGGGCUUUUAUAACCUUGGCAGUUGCUAUGCAUUGAACCUUCUGUUGUAACCGUGGAGACUCCUGUUAGAACUACAAUACCGCUAUUGUUAUUUCCUAUGCAACGGUCUAUUCUACCGUUUCCAUGGAAGUCUCUCUUCUGGGUUCCAAACAUGUGACAGUACUAUCAAGCUGUGUCUGGAGGAACUGAGGAAAACCACAAAAAAACCUCAGUUUACUAAGUGUCCCAGCCAAAAUUCAAACUUGGCACCUUCCAGACACAACUGAGAAAUGCUGCCACUUGAGACAACGCGGUUGGUGUCACUGAAUAUGGUGCAUUGUUAUUAUACUUUGUCUCAGUAAUUCUUCUGACUUCUUUCCUCAAAGGAAAUACAUCAUAAGAGCCAGCCACUGGUCCCUGUCCUGAGCCAGAUGAAUCUAAUCCACACCCUCCCACCCUGUUUCUAUAAGACCCAUUUUAAUUUUAUACUUCAGUUUGCAUGACUUUUAUAUACUGAUGUUGAAAACUUUCUGAUUGACAGUUACAGUACCUGUGGAUGUGUAUUACAGUAUCACAAUUUCUACUGUGUAAUUUUUCUUAUGUACACUUUUUAAACUCAUAAUUUUAUGUGAGAUCACUGUGCAGGAAUUCUAUUAAUAGGGCAUAAGGUUUUAGUGAUUGUGAAGAGCCAUACUGUAUUCUUCCUAGUUAUGGAUCCAUCUUCACCCUGAAGAUAGAUCCAUUGUGUCCUUCAGAAACAUUGAUAAGCACCUACAGAGUACAUUGUGUCAUAUUAUAAGAAUUUCACAGUAUGGAUAUUAAAGGUUUAUGUUUCAUGCUGCAUUUCUUCAGUGCCAUUACUCUGUCUGUCUUUACUCGAUGUAAACUAACAUGUUUUCCUUCCUUGCUAACUCAAUUUUAACUUUUAUUCAAAUGGAAAUGAAGAAUAUGAAAAUAUUUUAUUUUAAAGCAAGAGUUUUUGACUUAGGAUCAGUGAUAUAUGGUAACAUCUCAAUCUUUUACAUAAUUCAUUUCCACAUGUGACACAAACAAUGCAAAUAAAUGUAAUGCAUAUGGGCUGUUCAGUAGGUAACAUCUGAGGGCACAUUGCACUCAUAUUUAUUACUCCUGUAUUUAAACAAAAAGUAAAGCUCUCCCUGUAACAGGUCAUAGAGGCCCAUAGAGUUGUGAGAUGUCAGGGCUCAAACACUUU